AUGGAUCGGGUGUCGUACGAGAAUAUACAAAAUGGCGUCCAUACCGCUAUUAGUAACGAACUUGAUGCGCACCCGCGGCGAAUUCGUGGCACGCUCACUGUGCCUUUGCUUCGCCGUGAACUAGGUGCGUCUCAUAGUGAUCAACCCAAUCAAAGUAAGGCCGACGUGGUCGCGAGAAUACGAAGCAGAGUGGAGAGUGUCGAUCCAAAUAAAGCGAAAGAACUAGGAGGAGUCUUCCUCUUCAAUAUCAUUAAAGGAACGUCAGUUUAUUCCUGGACACUAGAUCUCAACAAUGUCACGGUAUACGAAGGUGAACCAGACGAAGAUCCAGAUACAACGUUCACGCUUAAUGAACAUUAUUUCAAACAGCUGGUCUUCGGCAAGGAGGAUCCGAGAGUGAUCAUGCAGGCUGGUAGAUGUUCCGUCACUGGAGAUAUCAUGAGGGCAAUGAAACUUGAACCAUAUAUUAAACUAGAAUAG